GUAAGUAGGGUGACGGAGGUAUGUCGGGUCAGACGGAGCCCCGAUUAUAGCACACUCCCCACUGCCUCUCGGCCAGUCACUCGUCAGCCUGUCUGGCCCCAUCAUCUCCAGACGGCCCGUGGAAAACCGCACGGGGUUUACUCCCACGUCCUGCUCGCAGUCGCCGGCAAGCGGAAAGCGGGCGACAGAGGGGGAAGAAAAAAAUCAGAGCGCAGAGCUGACGGGAGCCGCAGCUCCUAAACAAACAACCCGGAACGUGAAAGAAAAAGUGACUCGGAAGGAGGAGGGACCGGUAGUUUUCUCCUCUCAUCUUCUCUCAAGCACGCACAGUUGCCCCGGCAUCCAGGCUGUGAGGAUUAGGAGUUGCUUAGCCCCAGCAGCGUCGGGGCGGGAGUUUCCACGUGUGCCUGGUCUUGCAUGAGUCAGGGUGUGCGUGCUUGUGAGUGUGUGUACACUGUAUGUGCCUGUUACUUUAAGAGAACAAGCCCAACUCAGGAGAAGCCACUCUGAGAUCAGAGAGUGCUGGAUUCUCUGUGGCUCUUCAAAGGGAUGAUAGAUUAAAGCUCAGGAUAGAGAUGAACCUGUUCAAACUUGAAGGUGGCUUGUGAGGAUCAGAAAAGAGAACCAUGUAAACAGGAUGGUUACAGAUCACUGAGCAGAAACAAAACAGAGAAGAGAGAAGGUAUGGGGAAUUCCGAGAGCCAGUAUAGCAUCCAGGGACCGCGCGGCUCAAGCAUCGUCCUUCCAGGGAGACAGAAGCCCUUCCUGAAGUUCCGCUCCACCAAAGAGGAGUCAGUAUCACCUCACGGCUGUUGGAGGGUCAUCCCAGGCACGUCUGCACACAAGUCCAAAGCUGUUGGCCAUGGUUGCCUCUCUCAGCAAAAAGGCACUCUUCCCUACGUCCCCCGCCAUUAUGAUUACAUUGCGAAAGGAGUAAAUGAGGGAGGCAAUGGAGGGCCGUGGAAGGGUUCCCAUGACCCCUUGGCAUCAGAGGGCCACUUGGUGUUAUCAUCAGAGAAUGGUUAUGGACAGUAUGAAGAUGCCACAGGAAAUGGCAGGCUGAAUGGAUACAUGAUGAAUGGACACAAAACUCCCGAGAGAAAACCUUGUCCAGAGUCACUGGAAGAGCAGAGCAGCCCACGCGUGGUUAUCAAAAAAGAUGGCAGCCUACGCGUGGAGUUCACCAACAACUCCACCAACAGCCCUUUACUGUUGGACGAGUGUGCUGGGCCUGUGCAGCUGCUGAAGUUCUCUCCAAAUGUGGACUCCACACCCAGCCUACCUGGGGUCACACGCCGACACGAACUGCACCAUGGAGCACCGACGGCCACCAGUUCCACCACCAGAACCAGUAAGGGCAGCUCUCUGAGCUCCGAGGGCUCUUGGUACGACUCCCCGUGGGGAACUGGCGCCGAGCUGAACGAAGCUGACAGUCUGUCUCCUAGUAGAGUAGGAGGCAGCACAGGGGACAGCCAAUCAAGAGUCUUAGAUGAACAGUUACUUCCUGAACUUUACCGUGACCCCACUAUGGCAGUCACCUUCAACACAAUCAAGGACCUGCCUCUACGGUAUCCAGAUGAGAUGCCCACUAAGCAUCGGGCCUCCUUUGUGUCUGUCAUGGAGGUGCCCACUGAGGAGGAGUGUCCAGAGGUGAAACAGUAUGCCUCCUACACGCUACCCUGUCGCAAACCCAGGCCUGUCGCAGAGGAUGCAGUCAAGAAGGAAUCCAUCAGAAACCGCAUGAGACGCCUCAGUGACUGGACUGGAAGUUUGACCCGGAAAAAGCGGAAAAUGCAGGAGUCGAGGUACAAAGACCCCAAUGAGUGCUUCGACAGUGGUGUGGAUGGCCUCACUGCCGACACCAGCUCCCCCUCUCAGGUGUCCAGUCUCCUCUGGUACCCGAGGGGCCCGUCCCAGCCUCGGUCCCGCUCGCGUUCCCAAGCCCUGCCGUCUCGCAGUGAAUCGGCCGGCGCCCUGAACCAGGGGACAGACGCGCUGCGGCAGAACAUCUACGAGAACUUCAUGCGGGAGUUAGAGGCCGGAGGAGGCCGGAGUGGAGGAGGAAGAGGAGGAGGAGGAGGAGGACGACUGGGCGGCGGCAGCGAGGAGCGUCAGCAGGAGCCGUCCACGGAGGGCACGGAGGACAGCAGCAGCGAGGAGACGCUGGGCUCCCUGGAGCAGCUGGACCUGCUGUUCGAGAAAGAGCAGGGGGUGGUCCGGCGGGCCGGGUGGCUCUCCUUCAAGCCCCUCAUCACCCUCCACAAAGACCGGAAGCUGGAGCUGGUGUCCCGACGCAAGUGGAAGCACUACUGGGUCACCCUGAAAGGCUGUACAUUACUCUUUUAUGAGACCUACGGUAAAAGCUCCUCUGAGCAGGACUUGUCCCCUCGCUAUGCCUUGAUAGCUGAGGACAGCAUUGUCCAGGCUGUACCUGAACACCCCAAAAGAGAGAACGUGUUUUGCCUCAGCAACACCUACGGUGACGUCUACCUCUUCCAGGCCAGUAACCAGACCGACCUCGAGAACUGGGUGACGGCCAUCCACUCGGCCAGCGCCUCCCUCUUCGCCAAGCGCCACGGAAAGGAGGACACCCUGCGGCUCCUCCGAGGCCAGAUCCGCGGCCUCCUGCAGAAGAUCGAUAUGGACAGCAAGAUGAGGAAAAUGGCCGAGCUGCAGCUGUCCAUCGUGAGCGAUCCCAAGAACAGGAAAGCCAUCGAAAACCAGAUUCAGCAGUGGGAGCAGAACUUGGAGCGCUUCAACAUGGACCUCUUCCGCAUGCGCUGUUACUUGGCCAGUUUGCAGGGCGGAGAGCUGCCCAAUCCCAAGAGUCUCCUGGCCACUGCCAGCCGCCCUUCCAAAGCAGCUCUGGGCCGCCUCGGAAUCUUUUCUGUGUCCUCCUUCCAUGCACUGAUCUGUUCUAGAGAUGAGGCCACGUUACGGAAGCGCUCCCUGUCGGUCUCCCAGAGAGGACGGAGCAAACGAGGACUCUUUUCCUCGCUCAAGGGCCUGGACAACCUCACCAGACGGGGGCGCGAGAAAAGACCCUCGGCCUCUCAGCUCUUCGAGAGUGAGACGGAGACGCAAGUGAACUAUCUCCCACCGUACAGUUCGGAGAGACUGGACAGCCUGGCCAACCUCUACUCCAUAGCACCACCUGAAGGCGGCCACUGGAAUGACGGCGGUGAAAGCCAGUCCUGUGUUUACAUGCCGGACAACCAGGCGGUCACGCUGCCUUUGAGACAAGAUCACAUGGUGGCGGACGCCCUCUCUUUGGCCUGCAAGGCCAAGCACUUGGAGCCCAGCCUGCACUUCCUGCGACUGCGGAGGUGCGUGGGGCAGUGUGUGGAGGUGUGUGUGCCCGAACCAGACGAGCUGCUGCAGGACCUGGUGUACGAGGAGUUGGAGGUCUGUCCCCUGAAUGUAUUCACUCUGCACAUGACUAGACCCAGCAGCACGGCAGACUAUGGUUUUGCAGUGACUGGGCAUGUCGACGUCCUCAGCAAGAGCCGAAUCUUUGUCAGUGAGGUGCUCCCUGAUGGACUAGCCUUUGGUGAAGGCCUGAGGCCUGGAGAUGAGAUCCUGGUCCUGAAUGGUCGUGCGGUGUCGUCCCUGGACCUGAGUCUGAUCCAGAAGCUCUUUGCCGAGCACACGUUGCAGCUCACCCUGCGGCGUGACCCCCCGUCCCACAAACGCUUCCCCGAUGACACCACCCUCUCACUUAACCCCUCCCACGCUCAGAACACCCUGCAGAAACCUCCCAGAGCCAAGUCCUCCACAGAUGUGUCCACGGUGCAGGAGGGCCCCGGCACGCUGCUAGAGCCCAGUCUGGAGAAUGGUCUGCACCAUCGGCGACGCAGUCACCAGCCAGUACAGCACAGCAAGAGUGUGGAGACAGUGUGCACACUGUACCACUCCUUCCAGGAGGGCUCUGGAGGCCUGAUGGAGGGCCAGAAGGAAGCGGCGGGCCCCGAGCCCACCCUGCUGAGACCCUGCCCUCGCCACAUGUCCGCCACCGAGCGGCUACGCAAGGUCAUCCAGGAGCUGGUGGACACCGAGAAGUCCUACGUCAAGGAUCUGAGCUGCUUGUUUGAGAUCUACCUAAAGCCCCUGCAAAAGGAGACCUUCCUCACGCAAGACGAGAUGGAGAGCCUCUUUGGUAGUUUGCCCGAGAUGCUGGACUUCCAGAGGGUCUUCCUUCAGACCCUCGAGGAGCGGAUCGCCUCCUCGCCGGACUUCAGCACCUUGGAAACCCCCAUGCAAUUCAAGAAGCUGCUCUUCUCUCUGGGCGGGUCCUUCCUGUACUACGCCGAUCACUUCAAGCUCUACAGCGGCUUCUGUGCCAAUCACAUCAAGGUCCAGAAGGUCCUGGAACGAGCGAAAACUGACCAGGCCUUCAAAGAGUUUCUGGACGCCAGGAACCCGACCAAGCAGCACUCGUCCACGCUGGAGUCCUACCUGAUCAAGCCGGUGCAGAGGGUGCUCAAGUACCCACUGCUGCUCCGAGAGCUGGUGUCUCUGACCGACGCAGACAGCGAGGAGCACUACCAUCUGACAGAGGCCUUGAAGGCCAUGGAGAAGGUGGCCAGUCACAUCAAUGAGAUGCAGAAGAUCUAUGAGGACUACGGCACUGUGUUUGACCAGCUGGUGGCGGAGCAGAGCAGUGCAGAAAAAGAGGUCACAGAGAUUUCCAUGGGAGAGUUCCUGAUGCAUUCCUCGGUCAUCUGGCUCAACCCGCUCCCCUCGCUAGGCCGCAUGAGAAAGGACCCCGAGCUGACCGUGUUUGUGUUCAAGAAAGCUGUCAUCCUCGUCUACCGGGACAACAACAAGCUGAAGAAGAAGAGUGGCCCACGCUCGUCCCAUGGAGACACGGACCCGUUUAAGUUCCGCUGGCUCAUCCCGCGGUCCUCCCUGCAGGUGCGGCUGGGGAACUCAGCAGGCUCAGAAACCAGCUGUAUCUGGGAGCUAAUCCACACCAAGUCGGAGAUCGAGGGGAGGCCAGAGACAGUGUUCCAGCUCUGCAGCAGCAUUCCAGAAAACAAAGUCAACAUCAUCAAAGUGAUCCGGUCGGUUCUGAGGGAGAACGUGAGGCGGAACAUGCCAUCGGACCGGGCCUGCAGGGAACGCCUGACCCCACUUCGCAGCACCCUGCCCUCCUCCGCAAGGCUAGGUUCCUCCAGGGCCUCCUGGCUGUGCAGACUGGACCCUCCUUCCCCCGCUGCUCCCCACACAGAUGUGCCAAGCCGCCGGCCGGCCGACUCCGACGAAGCCAGUCUGAGCAGUGGCGCCCCCAGUGACGGGCGUCCCCCGAAGCCCGCCGAGCGUCUCUCGCCCCCGUCCCCGUCCUCGGCCGCCUCGUCCCUGUCGCCCUGCGGCAGCGCGUCGGAGCCGCUCAAGGAGUCGGACAUCCUGAGCGACGAGGACGAGGAGUUCGCCGAGCGCCUGUCGUCGGGCCGCAGCGACUCGCCGCCCAGCGCCAUCGAGGCCCAGUUCCGCCAGCUGCGUCUGUCCGAGGAGCAAGCGGCGGCGCGGGCGCCGGCCCCGUGCGUCCAGCCCGAGGGGGGCGAGGUGGACACCCCGGAGAGGCGUCCGCCCGCGUCUCCCCGCGAGCCGGGACCUGGGCUCCAGCGCGCCCACUUCUGCCCCAUCAAGAGGAAGAGCGGAGGCAGCCUGCGCCGCAGCCAGGGGGCGCUCCUGAGCAUGCGCGAGCACAGCCGCUCGCUGGACAGCCAGGCGGACACGGCGGCAGUGGCGGCGGCCGACCUGAAUAGCCUGCUCGAGCGGGAGUUCAGCGUGCAGAGUCUCACCUCUGUCGUCAACGAGGAUUGCUUCUACGAGGUGGCCGAGUCUGGAGACAGCAGCGCGGCUACAGCCAGCUCCUAGCACCCGCAACACAAACCACCCCCCCCCCCCCCACCCCCACCCCCACCACCACGCACGACAAGCCCAGACCAAAGAACACGCAUAGUGACUGACCUAGAACAAACAUUUCCACUGCCAUUCAGAGGAGCGACUGUGAAAUUGAACAAUGCAAUGGUGACAUGAAGGAAGGAAUGGAUCUCCUCCAUAUUCUCAGAAGGCCUGGAGGAGCUCCGCUGGCCUUUUGCUGCCUCUAGUCAGUAUCAAAUUGAAGGUGGGAGAGACAGACUUGAGUCCACCACAGCCGUGAGGCGGGUGUAGUCUGACCCCAGCAGGGGAGCUUCACUUCCUCUGAUCGGAGGGUCUCUGGUGGUCUGUUUCCGUGCCUCAGCCCCCCCCCACGCAUCCCCCCUUGAACUCAGCGUGUCGUCCAGUUGUGACAGGGAUCGCUCCCCUUGUUUUGCCAUCUGAUGAAGUAGAUCGCCGCCCUCGUCAUGGCAACAGCCCCCCUUGCCUGAGAGCCACAUCAGGUGACUUUCGCUGUCUAAUCUUGGCCUCGGCAACGGUCUGAGCACUGAUGCACAGCCAAAAGCCAGACACACACACACACACACAGGCACACGCAGGAGUGCACACCUCUGAGUGAGCUGCUCUUGACCUCGGCCCCAGCGGGACCCAGAGUCGCGCUGAAACAACAACUAAAAGAUUUAUUUUUUUCUUUUUUAGUCCAGACUAUCUGCCUUGCUGUAUUUUUUGUGCACUGCAUACACAAUUUGCCUACAUUUGAAGCAUUGCUUUUUAUUUUUUAUUUGUACAUUCUUGGAAUUGUUGGAUUUUUAUUGAAAAAAAGAACACUUUUUCUCUCUUUUUUUAAUUUAUUGAUAGUUUUUUUUUUAUUUUAUUUUUUAUAUAGGAAAGCAAACUUUGGGCUAUGGCUUGAAUUCCUAAGAUCCAAAUGCUAAAGGGAGACGGAGCAAUCAUGAGUCUUGCAUUCUAAUGUUAUCUCACCCAAUUAGCAUGGUGUUCAUGCUCCCCAUGCGUUUGUAGCUACCAGUGUACAGGGUGGUAAGUGUCCAAUGGUAUCAGCAAGAUUUAAUUGAAUUAAUGUGUUGACUUGGCAAGUUGCCGGAGGGGUGAAAAGGCUCAAGUCGUCAAAAGGCACUCCUUCUAAGAUUGUUCCUUUUUUAAUGUCCAGAUAUGAACAUAAUACUAUUUUCUCUGUACUGUAACUUAAUUUGAAUUUUAUAUUCACAGUUCUUUGCAAAUGAAGACAGUGUAACUUGUAAUAAACAGUGUCUGACAUGA